UUUUUUUCAAAUGUCAUUUUCGAAUGAAACCAUACAAGGCUUCUGUAGUCAUCCUAUAUAAUAUAUUAGGGUCAUUAUGUUACAUAGGUUUCAUGUCGAUCCGGCCCCACGUCGAUCCGGCCCAAGUCGAUCCGUCCCACGUCGAUCCGGCCCAACGUCGAUCCGGCCCAUAUUUAAAGUCGAUCCGGCCCCAAUAAAAAAAUAUAUUUAUAAGGAAUAAAAAUAAAGAUAUAUAUUAAUUGUAAUUCAUAAAUGUUUAUGAAUUUUAUUAUAAUGUAAAAGGUGUACGGUAAAAAAAAAUGGCCUUUGACAAAUAUUUUCUUUAGAUGAGUAUUAAACAAGUAGGUUGAUUAUGUUUUCAUUACAAGUUUUCAAGAUUAUUGGGUAUAAUUAUAAUAAAAACGUAUAUAACAGAAUUUAGAACAAUCAACAGUCAUCAACAUUAAUCAGCAGUAAUUAGCAUUUUCUUUCAAUUGACUGUGAUCUUAACAAGUCUUUCAUCCUGUGUAAUAACAAAUAGUUACAUACACAACGGUACAAGCCGAUCCCCAAGCUGAUACAUACAAACUUUGUUUUUGUUUUAAGUUCUUAAAACUUCUCAAAUUGAGAAAUGUUGUUUGAUUUGCCGAAUCCUUUCUAUAAAAGAGGAGACAGAAUGCGUUUGCUUUUAAUAUCACACUGGCUUUUCCUUGUGUGGUAUGUGACCAACAUGUUAGACCUCGGCAGCAUGCACAUUAGUGUGAGCAAUGUUCAAAGUGGCAACACCGUCUCUGUAAUACCGAUAAUAAUGCGGAACAGAGGUUCAUUAGAAGUGCACCUGGUAACAGGAGGUUGUGGAUACCCAGGAUAUCAUCUCGGAAAGAAGCUUGUAGAGAAUGGUCAUCAAGUGAUUCUUUUUGAUCUUAUUCAACUUGAGUGGCCAUUACUAGAUGGGAUGACUGUUAUUCAGGGCAGUAUAACAAAUUUUGAUGAAGUCGAAGAGGCCUUCAAGGGAGUUAACUGUGUAUACCACAUGGCAUCAUAUGGGAUGUCAGGAAGAGAACAGUUGAACAAAAAAUUAAUUGAAGCUGUGAAUAUUGGAGGAACAGAAAAUGUAAUAAAAGCAUGCAUGAAAAAUAAAAUCACCAGACUUGUAUAUACUAGUACCUACAAUGUUAUAUUUGGUGGACAGGAGAUCAAAGAUGGAGAUGACAGCUUACCUUACUUACCUCUAGAUCAGCAUCCUGAUCACUAUUCCAGAACAAAAAGUAUAGCAGAGAAGAAAGUGUUAACUGCUAAUGGUACUGAUGGAUUAUGUACCUGUGCCCUGAGAUUAGCAGGAGUAUAUGGACCUGGAGAAAAAAGGCAUAUACCUAGAACUUUGGGUUAUGUGGAACAAGGUCUUAUGAUAAUGACGUAUGGAGGUGGAACCUUACAAGACUUUCUACAUGUAGAUAAUUUGGUUCAAGGACAUAUACUGGCUGGUCAAGCACUGUCUGCAGACAGAGAAUGCAUAGCUGGAGGACAAGCAUAUUUUCUCUCUGAUGGUGCUCCAGUUAAUACUUUUGAAUUCUUCAGACCAUUAUUUGAAGGAUUAGGAUAUAAAAUGCCAAAAAUGACAUUGCCUGUAUCAGUAGUAUAUUUCAUAGCUUUCCUAACAGAAUGGAUCCAUUACUUUGUAGCAAGGGUUUAUAAUUUCCAACCUUUACUCACCAGGACUGAAGUGUUCAAGACUGGGGUGACACAUUACUUUAGCAUAGAGAAAGCCAGGAAACAACUGGGCUAUAAUCCUACAAAACAGAAUGAUAUAUCAGAGGUUCUCAAAUAUUAUUUAGAUUCUGGACAUCAUAAAAUAAGGAAAGAAAAAAGUGCUUUUUCUGAUUUUCUAUGGAAUGUUAUUUUAUUUUGUAUAUUUGUUUGUUUAAUAAUGUCAUUUUUACCAUCAGUAAAAUAGUUGAUCUAUGCAAUGA